UUAUUCUGACUUCGUGAGGACCAGUUUUUCCAUGGGAUCUUCAGGUUCAUAAUCUGAAGUCAACGGGCCAAAUGAGGGCGAUGAUAUGGCAAAUUCUACUUACUGAAAUGACAAUUUUUCCCGUCAAACUGGCUGCAAGGGACAUAUAUAAUAGCCAACCCCUGCUGCUUUUGCUCGGCGCUGACAACGCGUUAGGGCUCUUUUGAUUUAUACAAUUUGUAUAAAAAUUGUAUAUGAUUUAGAUUAUAUGGAAAAUUUUGCUACAUAUGUUGUUUUUAUAGGAACAUAUUCUAUAGAAAGCAAUCCUAUAGAAAUCUUGUAGUGUAGGUCUUAUAGAAAAAACAUUAGAUCAUACCUUAUGAAAAAAUCAUUUGCUAUAAUCAAACACACUUCAUGUUUCUACAGUUAAGUAGGCAUGACAUCCUAAUCUUAUAUAUUUUUUAUUUCUAUAUUUUUCCUAUCCUAUAAAUCAAAGGAACCUUUAUCAUGACUAAGUUUUGAGAUAGAACUUCUGCACAUUUCAUUUCACUGCUUCGAACCUAGAGCAUAGAAGCAUCAUAGAAAAAAGAAGAGAUGACAAAAAAACAUGGAAAUUUGACCAUUCCAAAAUUCCUCUACAAUCAUGAGCUCCAAUAUGGAAAAUGUCCGUAAGACCAUGGGAUGUGAUUCUUUUGAGAAAAUCUUGGGCUAUAGCCUGGCAAGAAAAAUCCCAAAGCCGUGAAAUGAGAAACAUAUUAGUAUUUUAAAACUGAUAAAGAUGGUAUGGAUACAGAUUUCUAUUCUUUGAGUCAAUCAUGUAUAAUACCAUUAUCAAAUUGAAAAAUUAAGCGGUCAACCCAAGUCAAUCUUCUGCAUUUUGUUUAUCGUUUCUGCCAGCCACCCCGAGGUGAAGGUCUGUUGAAGUACUGCUGCUAGUCUAGUCUACUCUAAUCUGUUCUUUCUUUUCUAGCAGCAGUUGGCCAGACCCCACCGUCGCAUCACAUCACUCUUUAUUACUUUAUAGUGUUCACUUCACUCCAUGGGCUGGGUGGGAAGUGGGGAAAGCUCUGCCAUCAUCAUACUCGUCAAUACCAGAAGAGAAGUAGCAGGGGAGCUAGCUACAGGCACCAGUAGAGCAAGAAGAAGAAUAAUCCAUCACCAUGGGGAACAUCCUGAAGUGCUUCAAGGGAGAUGACGAGAAAGAAGACCAGUACCCCUACUACCGCCCAACCUCCAGGCCCCAAUACCAGCCUCACUACCCGCAGCAGCAGCAGCAGCAGCAGCAGCAGCAGCAGCAGCAGGAAGCUCAUGGCCAUGGCGUCGCCGCACUGGCGCACGACCUCCUCAACUUCGAGACCCUCUCCAUGGUUCCUGAAGGGCUCCGACAGCACGUUACCGCGUCCAAGAAAGCACAAAAUAAGUGGUACCAGAAUAUGUUGGAGGCAUAUAAGAAUGCCAGAACCCCACCGAGAACACCUGCAGAGGCUGCCCAACUAAUUGUAACAGCCCUAAACUGGAUCCAGAGAGCUGAUUUGGAGGGUAUCCUCGAAUUCUACAACUUACCGAUUCCAUCACUACCUGCAACAUCCUCAAGCCACCGUCCAUCCUCACUACCAGAGGGCGUGCAAUUUGUCUUGAAUACUUUGCCGGUUAAUAACCAAAACAUUGGAGAUGGUGAUGGCUUUACUGCUUACGUUGCCACAACCGAUCCAAGGGAGUCUGCAAUUGUGCCAAUAGAAGUGCAUGAGAUGGUGAUCGCGAGGACUGAAGCACGGAAUCGUAGGGAUUACCAGAGUGCUGAUGCACUUCAAAGUAGAAUUACUGAAGCUGGAUACAAGAUACUCGUCUGUUCAGACGAAGAGGUCCUAGCAAGGAAAUACCGAAUCAGAAUGAGGGGAAUCGAUGCACCGGAGCUUAAGAUGCCAUACGGGAAGGAAUCGAGGAAUGCUUUGGUGAAGCUCAUUGGUGGGAAAAGAACCACAAUUCAUGUGUAUUGUCAGGACCAGUUUGAGCGCUACGUUGGCGACAUUUAUUGCAAUAACGUGUUCAUCCAGGAGAAAAUGCUGAAGAAUGGUCAUGCAUGGCAUUUCACGACUUACGACAAACGCCCAGAGUUUGCUAAAUGGGAGAGAGAGGCAAGAGCUGCCAACCUAGGGCUUUUUGCAUCACUGAACCCUGAGAAGCCGUGGGAUUGGAGAAGAGAGCGACGGAAUGGCGGUAUUCCAGCCUACUAAUGGCUCCAUCCAUCCAUGUCUCAGAAUUGGUGUGUAUAGUUUGGUAACUAGGAUCUAUCUUGAACAGCAUCAGCAUGCUGCAAAUACAAUAUGUUUAUUAUGCAAGUGCUUUGUCCAGAAGUGCAGUAUGCCAUACCUGAUGAGUAUGCAGAUAUGAACUGUGAGGAGCAAGCGCCAAUAUAUUGUUCCACGCUACUUUGCUACCUCCUCCUGCUCGACAGCAUGUCUCCCUGAAGUGGUCAGGACAAUCACAUGAAGAUGUGCAAGUAGCUAUAUAUGGACUGCUGUUUGUUUUGCACAUGUUAGCAUUCGAAAUACAUAUGGAACUAUUGGU